GUCUGUUGCGUCGGUAGCUCGAGUCCCUUCCGUUUGCCGAGAACGAAAGCGCGGCGGCUGAGGCGACCCCAAAUAAACAAUCAUCACAUAAAUACGUAAUCAACAAGCGGCCCCAAAAAAGAGGCUCCUUGGCUGGCAGCCAACGGCAAACCACCCACCAGGCACCACCACCCACUCAGCCACCCAACCACCCACCCAGCCACCGCAGCAUGUAAAGCUCUGUGGGCGGGCGGAGUGGCACAGACGCUUUCGGAGGAGGAGGUGUGAAUGAAGCGAUGUGCAGGCAAAACAUUUUGUAAUAUUGAAGAACAGACAGCGGCAGGAGCAGGAGGACGAGCACCUGUUGCCGACCCGUCCACAAAGGACUGGCCUGGACCGGGCGAUAGUGAGCGGUGAAAGGCCAGGUGAAAGGUGAAAGCAGCAAGCCGAGAGCAGCAGAGCACCGCAGCAAUGGCCGUGAAUGUACUGGACUACGAUCACUUCGCCAUCAGCGCCAUUGUGGUGGGCUCUCUGCAGCUGGUCUUCUUCCUGAUCAACUCCAUCCUCCAGAUGGACAAGCUGACGGACUUUGCCGGCGGCGUUAACUUCAUCAUCAUCUCCCUGCUGACCUUCUUCCUCGGCCAAAUCGAUCGACCAUCGAAGGCCUAUGACAGUCGCCAGCUGAUGGUCACCUUCUUCGUUUGCCUGUGGGGCGCUCGGCUGUCCGGAUACCUGCUGUACCGCAUCAUAAAGCUGGGUCGCGACAAGCAGUUCGAGGAUACCCGCCGUAACAUCAUCCGCUACGCGGUCUUCUGGACCUUCCAGGCCGUGUGGGUGUACAUUGUGUCACUGCCUGUAAUAAUCAUCAACUCACCGCGCCACUCGCAGCCGCGUGCUCCAAAGACCAUGACCACACUGGACUCCACGGGAACGGGUAUGUUCAUCGUGGGUCUGCUGGCGGAGACCUAUGCGGAUCUGCAGAAGUUCUCCUUCCGCCAGGAUCCCGCCAAUCAGGGCAAGUUCUGCAAUGAUGGCCUUUGGAGCGUGUCACGGCAUCCCAACUACUUCGGCGAAGUGGUCAUCUGGUGGGGCAUCUUUGCCAUAUCGCUGAAUGUGAUCAGCGGCCAUGAGUGGGUGGCGAUUGCCUCUCCCAUUUUCACCACGAUGAUCAUCCUCUUUUUGUCCGGGAUUCCUCUGCGGGAACGAAGUGCCGAUGAAAAGUACAAAGACCAGCUGGAGUACCGGAAGUACAAGGCCUCGACCUCGCCGCUGAUCCCAGUGCCUCCCGCCGUCUACGUGGAGGUGCCCAGUGCCCUGAAGUUCAUCCUAUGCUGCGAGUUCCCCAUCUACGACUCGAUGCGGAUCCAGAAGGACCUCAGUCCCUACUCGCUCUCGAUAGCCCGCUCCCACUCGCACAUCUAGCAGUCAGUGGCCCACUCCAGCAGCGCGGCGGCUGGAGUGGGUCAACUGAAUGCCCACUCGGGAGGCCACUCCGGGGGCGGCCACUCGGUGGGCCACUCGCUGCACCGGGGUCAGUGCUAUGGGGCCAAUGGCGGGGAUGCCGAGAGCCACCAGAACUGCGGCGGCAGCUGCCGGAACGUGCACGUCAAGUCGAACCCCUACCAGUGCGAGGCGGGCUACGGCCACUACCCGGUCUGCCACACCGACGACGACACGGACGACGGGAUCAUCUACAUGGACCGCACCCACUUCUACCACGAGCAGGAGCAGCACGCGGCGAAGGCGGUGCCCAGCACCAAGUGCAGCUACCUGGCCGAGGAGGAGCUGGCCUCCGACUACGACGAGGAUGUGCCGGCCAUCGAUCUCAGCAAGGCCACCAGCGUGGAGAGCUUCGGCACCCGGGUGCAGUCGGAGCAGGCCGUGAAUGCCGACGGGCUGCCCGUGACCGUGACCACGAUUUUGUGAUUGCCACUCUAGGAUUGGUUCUCGAACUCAGUGAAGUUGUUCGCAUCGGAUUUUUAUAUUGCAUGUACUAAUGUGUGGAACUCUGUGUAUGUCCUUGAAAUGGUACAUUCCCAGAUAAUCUAAAUAUCCAGAUCUUAGUUUCUUGAAUUUAUUCGUAAUUUUACUAAGAUUAUUUUAAAUUUUCAAGGGGUUAGGUCACAGGAGACAAUGUUUAUUAGGUUUUAAAUGUUUGGGGUGACAUUGCAAAUUUUUAAAAAUAAUGGACAUGGUUCUUGUAGAUAAAAAGACUAACCCCGACUAUUUAGGUUGGACUUAUAAAGGCGAAACCUAAGAUACUACCCAAUGUUUUGAGUACAACUUCGUUCCACCCCUUUGUACAGAAGUAAGGAUGUUUUUUUCUGACAAAUGCCAAAGUACCGAGUGGUAAUGGUACACAGCAUAUCGGAUACCCACAGCUGUCUAACACUCUAGUCUCUAUGCUAUUGUUGCUCAAAUAACUAACGUGCCUCUUAUGUGCUCUGCGCACCCCUAGAUUGUUGCACUCUUACAAAAUUUACGCUAGUCUCCGUUGAACUAUCCUUGCUCUGCGACAACUGUUGCCCCCGAUGAGGAAUGAAGAUGAUAACCUAUAUAUACCUAUAUCUCAACUGCAUAUUUUCGUAUCGUAUCGAACCGCAAACCACGCCCCACCAAAGAAAGGAAAGCGAAUCUGAAGCCAUUUAAACCGAAACAUAUCCCAAGGCAACGCAAACCCAACCAAAGAUUUACACACACAAUAAGUACAAGAAUUGUCGCAGUGAGUUACGCUAGACGUUCGAUAGCCAUUGUUAUUUUAUAUACAGGAAUAUCUACUCGCAGUAGCUGAACAGAGAAAUAUACCCAAUGUAUGUGCGUUACCCAAAGUUCUCGAUAAGUGUACGUGUCUGUGUCUAGUUUGUGUCUCAAAUGUUAAGCAGUAUUACCUAAUGAACGAAUUGUACCUAAUUGAUUAUGCUGAGUAUGGAAACUAAUAAACGAAACUAAAGAAAAAU